AGCAGACAGCCUCUGGCACCGACACAGCGGUCUCGAGUCGUUGCUCACUGCUUGCAGCGCGUUGUUUGACCAUGGAAGGCGUCCGUGAUCGCACCAAUGGCUCUUACGAGGCUGCGCUGGAGCGCACUUUCCAGGAGCUCAAGAGGCUGGAAAGCCAGCUGGAGGAUGCUGUGCAUCAGUUGAGGACGUCUGCCGCCGCUACUGAUGCCCGAUUUUCGGCAAAAGACUCGCUCGAGAUCAUGGCCAAGGCUUACCAGAGCAUGGCUGAGGCGGAGCCGCUCCUGCCGACACCGGGAUCCGUCUUGCCAGCACUGCUAGCCAUGCGGCGGGCGCAACAGACCAUCACAGAGACUGACCGGUAUGCCGACUCACAAGCAGCGGCCCUGGAGCAUGUUGAGCGGAAGAUAGAGGCCGAACGGGCCAACCUGGCCGACCAACAAGCCUUGGAGGCUGCCCUGCAAAUGCGCAUCAGAUCGCUGCGCGAAGGUCUUGAGAGCCUCCAGGCCAAGUCCGAGGACCAGGUCGCCAGGGAACGCAUCGCCGAGCUGAAACGGCAAAAAGACGAGUGGGCCAAGAAAACGUCUAGCCUCAUGAAACAGCUGGAUUGGUUCAUUGGCGAGCAUCUCGGUGCGAUGCUGGCAGCGGAGGAACUGGGCGGCCCAGUGGUUGGGGAGCUGAUGGAGAUCGACCCGGACGAUCUGAGCGCCGGAUUCAACGCGCAUGGCAAGCUCAAGAAGGCCACGAGCCAACCGGACCUGGACAGGCGACAGAGAAGGAUCGAUGACAUCUGGGGCCCUCAGGAUGAGCAGGGCCAAGCUCACAAGAGGAAACGCGGCGCGGAUGAGGCCUUGGCUGCAAGUGCGGAGAUGCGCGACCUUAUCGAGCAGCUCAUGAACAAGUUGGUGGAAGCAGGGGGCGACAACUCGGCAACCUACGUGGAGAUACCGAGAGAAUCCGCGGCAGCCAGGUUUCUUGUCCGAUCCAAGGUCGCAAUGUUCCACCCCAACGACGCGCGGAGGCUCCGCCUUGUCGACUUUGGACGGGAUUUGGAUGACUAGCUAGGAUAGGGCCCCAGAAGGCGCGCGGCAUUGCUUUGCUGUUGCACCAUGCAGGCAAUCAUGCAAUCCCUGGCC